UUGCCGCAAACGCACUCGGCAGGGAUCAUCACUUCAGAGAUCAACAAGCCCACCAAACCUGCGACGAAAAAGGCGCCGUCGAAGACUCCGUCAGCAGAGCCCAAGAAGCAGGGCCGCAUCGUUCUGCGGACUACGAAGAGAAAGCAUGAUGAUGAGGUCGACAUACAAGAUGACAAACGGCAGAAGCAGGAUGUGCCACCAAGACCCAUCUCCACAACGCCUAUUCCUCUCCCACCGAUACCAUCUCGGCCAAGUUCUCGUUUGUCGCCAACGAAGACGAUUGAGUCUGCGGGUCUUGCUUCCGGCCCCGGUUCUGCCAAUGAUUCCGCGUUGGCACCAUUUGGACCUGGUGGCGACGGACUUGGAACUGAUCAUGACCAAAACUUGUCGAUCACGUCCAGUACACAGCCAGAUGUUCCCAACGUCACAGCUACUAUCAGCAGCAGCCAAUGUAGCAGUCGAGUGACGAGGGAUCCUCCGGAACAUGAUGAAUACCAAACUAAGACAACACAAUGCAGCAACCUUAACGGCAGUCAACACUGUCAGGCGGAACAUGCAUCUCCCUGCACUCAACCCACAGCAGUCAGAGAAACCGAGGAGGUUGUGGCACAACCAGCGGCUCAACCCGACGUCGUCGUCGCACAAAAGCCCGUUCCGCCCAAGGCUGAUGACUCAGAACUGUUCAUCACAAGGUCGAUGCUUCUAUGGGAGGCAACCCAGACGGGCGAGGCUGGCUACCGACGAUGGGCCAAGAACCCGAAGUCUAAUGACCAUGGCCAGCAGGUGGUAUGCGACAUGAUGCGAAACAUCGAGAAGUCAGUUGCGGCGGCGAUAACUUGCCACGGACCGACAGUGCUGGAUCCCACUUUGAUCGAGAAGCUAAUCGCGAAGAUGUACAUGAAGUAA